UCCUCCCGUCUCGCCCUCUAAUCUCGUGUUUCGUUUGAAUGCUUACUCUCUCUUGUAGCGACAUCCUCUGCUUUAUCCCGUUCCUUCAAUUUCCUGCUCAACCAAACAAAUCUCUCCUGCAAUGUCUCUGGCAGAAAUCCCUUUGCAUUGAUCUCACGACUCUCGAGAGUGAGCUGCGGAACACCUUUUUGUGAGAUUGAGGUUUAGGUUGUGAAUUUCAAGCACGGGCGUUUCAUUGAUGUAGAGAAAUCUGAGUUUGUAUGGCCUACGGUGGGAACUCAUGUUUUGAUUGAGGUGUCCAGUUGCGAUAGUGUUCGAGGUUUUUAAUUAGUGCGUAGGGAUGAGAAGAGGCCGAGCGGGUUGGAAUUGAAUUUGAGGUUGUGGAGGAUUGGGAGGAGCGGGUUUGAGAGAGAGGCGAUGGCGGUGUCCAGUAAAAUCGAGGCGUCGCUCCUGCCUACCAGGCCAAGCCCUGUGCAGGAUGGAGGGGAGGGGGACGACGAGCUUGGUGACGACGAUUCCAGGGACGAUGACGAUGAGGGAGAGGGAGAAGAGGAGGAACCCCGGCUCAAGUAUCAGCGGCUGGGAGGGAGUUUGCCAUCGCUGCUUUCGUCGGAUGCCGCAGCAUGCCUCACUGUCGGAGAACGGAUGAUCGCUCUUGGAACGCAUGAUGGCACUGUGCAUUUGUUGGAUUUUCAGGGCAACCAGAUAAGAGAAUUUCGAGUGCACACAGCGACAGUGAAUGAGGUGAGUUUUGACUCAGAUGGAGAAUAUGUUGGGAGCUGCUCCGACGACGGUACUGUCGUCAUCAGCAGUCUGUAUUCGGAUGAAAGAGAAAAGUUUGAGUAUCAUCGGCCUGUGAAGGCCAUUGCACUAGAUCCAGAAUAUGCUCGUAAAAGCUCGAAGCAAUUUGCUUUAGGAGGACUUGCUGGACAGCUCCUCUUUCUCAGCAAAGGCUGGCUAGGCUACAGGGAGCAGAUCCUGCACUCAGGUGAAGGGACUGUGCAUGUUAUCAAGUGGCGGACAAGUCUCAUUGCCUGGACCAAUGAUGCUGGCGUAAAAGUAUAUGACACAGCCUCACAUCAGCGUAUAACCUUCAUAGAGCGAUCGCCGCGUGCCAAUCUCUCACGUCCUACUCUUGUUUGGCAGGAUGAUACAGUGCUACUUAUAGGUUGGGCUGAUUGCAUCAAGAUUGCAGUCGUCAGAACUCGAGGCUGGGAUGGCUUGGCAGGAACCUUAGGCCCAGGUACAAAGUAUGUCGAAAUACGGACAACUUUGCAAACAGACUAUUACGUGUCGGGACUUGCACCAUUUGGAGAUCAACUCGUGGUUCUUGCUUACCUCCCAGAUAAAGAGGAUAAUGAAGCUGAGCCCCUAUCGACGGCAUUUCCAUCCCAGGGACAUGCACAACGGCCAGAAGUACGGAUAGUAACAAGGCAGAAUGAGGAGUUGGCGACGGAUGCACUUUCUAUUCAUGGCUAUGAGCAUUACAAAGCUAAAGACUACGUCCUUGCUCAUGCUCCUUUUAUUGUGAGUGGUGGAGCGGCAGGCCAGUGGGCAGCUGGUGACGAGUCACUAUACUAUAUCGUGUCUCCAAAAGACGUCGUACUUGCGAGGCCCAGGGAUGCAGAUGAUCAUGUGAAGUGGCUACUUCAACAUGGCUAUUACGAGAAGGCUUUGGCUGCUGUAGAGGAAGGGAAUGCGAAAGCGGAGCUGUUGGAGGAGGUGGGCUCUAGAUACCUCGACCAUCUACUCCUGGAACGCCAGUACGAUAAAGCUGCAGAGCUUUGUCCUAAACUACUGCGAGGCUCUGCAUCCGCCUGGGAGAGGUGGGUUUUUCAUUUUGCACACUUGCGGCAGUUGCCUAGUUUGGCUCCUUAUAUACCAACAUCCAAUCCACAGCUUCGGGACACGGUGUAUGAGUUGGUGCUGAAUUCACUAGUCACCAACCCAGCAUAUCACGACCACUUGCUCACCACAAUCAAAACAUGGCCGUCUACUAUAUUUUCCGUUCCAACUAUAAUUGCGCCUGUUCAACUACAAAUCAGCACUGGCUCAAAGUCACUGACUUUGAAAGAGGUUUUGGCUGAGCUUUAUGUGCUUGAGAAGCAGUAUGCCAAAGCUCUGGCCAUCUAUGUAGAGCUGCAAAAGCCCUUUGUGUUUGAGUUCAUUGAGCAGCACAAUCUACUUAGUUCCAUACAUGAUAAGGUGGUUCCUUUAAUGGAACUGAACGGAAAGCGAGCAGUCCAAAUGUUGAUCAACCAGAGUGAUAGUAUCGAUGCUACUGAGGUUGUGUCUCAGCUUCAGAAAGAGGAUGUAAAGGACAAAUUGAGGGAAUAUCUGCACCUGUAUCUUCACAGCUUGUUUGAGAAAGACCCAACUGCAGCCAAAGAGUACCAUGGUUUACAGGUUGAACUAUAUGCAGAUUAUGAACCGCGAUUGUUACUUCCAUUUUUGCGAAGCAGCCAUUAUUAUAGUCUUGACAAGGCAUAUGAAGUCUGUACCAAAAGGGGCUUAACCAGAGAAAGAGUUUUCAUUCUUGGACGAAUGGGCAACAGUCGGGAAGCAUUGGGUCUGAUAAUAAACGAACUGAAGGACAUACAGCAGGCUGUAAGCUUCGUUCAGUCUCAAGCCGAUGACGAGUUGUGGGAGGAGCUUAUUACUCAAAGCAUGCACAUUCCUGACAUGGUGGGUUCAUUGCUUGAGCACACAGUGGGCCACAUCGAUCCUCUGCAUCUUGUGAAUAGGGUUCCAGCUGGAAUGUCCAUUCCUCGAUUGCGUGAUCGGCUUGUGAAAAUCAUCGCCGACUACAGAACCGAAACUUCGCUUCGUGCAGGCUGCAACGACAUUUUGAAGGCAGAUUGUGUCGACUUGCUCGUGCGAUACUAUGAUGAGGCCCGUCACGCUGUCCGAGUUGGUGGUUCAGAAUACGACAUGGAGAAGCCUGAUGAGUCUGAUUCUAACGGAGGAGAGAUUGUGAAAGUCAGUGCUGCAAGUUUGAGUAGAACAAACAAGGCUGGUGGUAAGGGUGGCCGGAUGCCCACUAAUUAUGGAGGCAGUGGACGUUGUUGCAUUUGUUUCGAUCCCGUGGCACUUCAAAACGUGGCUGUUGUGGCCUUCUUCUGCACUCACGCUUAUCACGAAACCUGUCUGAAUGACACUUCGGGGAUUCUACCUUCAGAUGAAUCCGAAGGUUUGCGACGGUCAGGAUCCAAUAUGAACGACUCUGCUUAUGGAUUAGAAUACAAUAGUUCACCUGAUCCAGCUCCCAUGCGAUGUAUCCUGUGUACCACUGCUGCGUCUGCGAAGGGAAAGGUGGAGGUCAACGGGUAUGGGAGAACAAUGUCCUCCUUCGACCGAAAUGGAUCCACUUGGGGUGCUGUGAAAGUCAGAUAGCAGGAUUUUUCUGAGGAAAGUCAUCUCAGCGCUGUGCGGCAUGAACCUGGAUUUCUCUUAUGCCCGUAUCGAGAUUGAUCAAAUCACUAUCCUCCAUCCUCAAAAGAACAGGUACCUGGAGCGGUGAUAGCCUUCCUUUGUCUUACUCUUUCGACGAGUAUUUCCUUAUGUCCAAGUGAAGCGGGCUGCUGCGUCUGUGAUUUUUGGAUGCGAUUUGUCCGAGUAUGUUAUUGUGCUUGGACAUUGAUUUCCUUCCAAUCUUCCUACUCUUUGUAUGUGACCCAGAUAGAGGAAGAUCAGAAAUCUUCUUGGUUUUUGACUCCAUCUGCUUCAAUGACAUAGGACAGUCGAUAAGAAUCUUCGACACUGAAUGAGGGCUUAACCUUGGGACAAACAGCAGUGUUAGGCUAGCGAUAAACCAGGUCCGCUAGAUUGACCUUUCUUUAGCUUUUAGGUGGUCAUAACUGUCAUAUGAUAGAUUUUUGCCACAAAACUGAUUUGUGUCCUUGUCUAGUCUGUAGACAACAGAGAUUUAAAGGAUUUUGAGGUACAUGUGAUAAUGUGUUGUUAAUAUAAACCAAAGGUAUUAUAGUAUUAUUCUGGGACACCUCGAGAAGUCUGGUAUUCAAUCAUACUAGGAAUUCUUGAGGUCAUUGUAGGUGGUGUUUUGCCUGGCCCUACAUCUAUCCAUGUGAAGGUUCAACUCA